CCUCUGGGCCUCUGGGACUUGGGGGACCGACUGGGCUGGCUGGGACUGGGAUGCGGAUGGUGUCGGGACAUGGCUCCCAUUACUCCAUCAAAAACUGGUCUUCUGGCCCCGUUGCAGAAUGCGGGUUUUCCUGGCUCCGUUUGGCGGGCUUCCUGGGCUGGGUCCUCACACCCCCAGCGUGUGUGUGUGGCAGGGUUGACAUGGACCACACUCUGCUUGCUUGCUCGCACAGGGAUGGGAGGAGCCCGCUGCCACCUGGCGUAGCAGUCUAUCGGCACCCUUGACAAGCAGCCCAGCGCCCGCCCACCCCAUGAGGGCGGCGCCCAGGGCCCCGGCUUGGGGCCGUCCACCACUACCACCGGCUGGCGGCGCACACCCCCCCUCCUUCUCCAAGUUGUCCCAAGAUCACUGCAAACCCGGGAACCCUUACAGGGCCAGCGUGACAGCUACCUCUAUCUACCUGGCUACCGCCGCCAUACCCGCCCAAGGACCCAACAGACACCCACCAAGAGUAGAGACGGGAGGUGACCGAGGACGACGGGACGACGACGACGACGACUUCGACUACGACUACGACUACGACUACGACGAAUAA